AUGACUGCUUGGUGGUCCAAUGAAAGGAUCAGCACCACCGUCAAUGCGGCAUACAUCAAGAGAGAGUUGGGAUCGAAAGAUUUGGUGGACAAGGUGCAUCGGGUGCUUGCAUUUGGAGAUGGCUUAACGGACGACACUUAUCUUGAUUGGAUCCUCGAAAGAAGCCCGCGCUUCUUCCUCAUCCUCAAUGUAAUCGGCGUACCGGAGAAGGUCUUCGAGAUCAUUGACAAAUCCUUCGCCGACGACGACCUUCCAUUAUCACAGGAUACUCUAUGGGAGCUCAACCUCUUCGGCGGCAAGUCCGAGACAUUGGACAGGAAGUUCCACCGCGAACAGUUCAACUUCCUCAUACAAGAGCUUGAACCUGGGGGGCAUGUCGACUAUGGGGACUGGGCCGUCGUCCCGGUAGAACCAUUUGUGAAAAGGCCAGGCAUUGCGAAAGCCAACGACAAGGUUUACGUCCAUGGAAACCUCUACACUAGGAAGAAAAUCACCGUCUUCGACGACAACAGCAUCGAUGAAGUGCAGUUCAUCAUGCACCUCAAAUCCCUUUCGACCAUCCGCCAUCCUCAUCUCGUAUCAAUUUGGUCAACUUACUCGCAGGAAAGCUUCAUUUACGUACUGCUCACUCCUGCUACCGAGCAUACCCUGAAAUCUUUCCUCGAAGAACAGCCCAAGGCUUUCAAGAAUUUUGACAAAGCGCAACGCCGGGAGAUAUAUCUGACCUGGACCCACUGCCUCGCUGCAGCCUUAGCGUAUCUUCACGACAGAGGCUUCACCCAUGAGACAAUCCGCCCUGGUACUAUUACGGUCGAUCACAAUAACAAAAUAUACCUUGGAGAUCACAGCGCUCUCAAGAAAGUCGACACAGACGAAUCUCCCAAUGCCUACAACGGCGAGCUGUACGAUCACGCGGCACCCGAAAAUUGGUUGCGCAAACCCCGGCUUCACGAAGUAGCGGCACUCAAGACGAUACUUCCAGGCGGUGGUCGCACCUCUAGAAGGAUUCCAAAGGCACCCACUGCCGAGCGAACGACAUCCCUCCCUCUCCCUUCGACACCAGUCAACUCCACUCGCACCAACUCGAAAAGCGGCUCCUCGGGCUCCUCAACCAAUGCCUCUCGGCCACGCAAUGCGCUCAUCACAACUUUCGCUCCUACUGAGCGACGCACCUCCAUCUCUUCCUCAAUCAGUCCCCGUAACAGCAAGCUCGAAGCGGCAGAUGUCUUCUCUCUCACCACAGUCCUCAUAACCCUGCUCUCGAUGAUUCUCCAGCAUACACCAAAAACCUUCGCCUCCCACCGAUCCCGCUUGAAUCGUCAAGCCGGUCGCGGCAACGCUCCUCCCGAUGCCUCCUUUCAUAAGAAUCUCAAUCAAGUGGUUAAAUGGCUUGACAUUUUAGCUAAAGAGGCAGGACAACGGGAGAAGAAAGACAUGAAGUUUUGGGGCGCCGUUGUGGAGACAGUCCAGCUUUGCAGGCUGGGUGUCAAGAAAGAGGCAAAGGAACGGACAACGGCGAAAGAGCUUGAAUAUAAGAUUGGUGGUUGGGUGGAGUGGGGCUUAGGCAGGAAACGCAGGUGCACCUGCGAGGUGGCAAGAGAUACCGGUGUACAACCGGAUACCCGCAGCAGUGCAGAAUUUUCGAGUAAAUUCGCCUUGGAUCAACCAAGCUCGGGACGUCGCUCUAGCAGACCAGACUGGCUUCCUGCGAGCGAGCGUAGUCGGAGUUUUCCUGAAAGUCGGCCUCGAAGUGCGGACGCGGCUAAGCAGAGUACUGUAUGGGGUUUAGGGGAUCUGGCAACACUGCACGAGAACAUGAUGCGGCCGGCCAGCGUUAUGACCUUUGAAGAUAGUACGGCUUGGGAGCUCGAGCAUGGGCCAUAUAUGGACAGAGACAACAGAGGAUCCGCUAGUAUAAUUUCCGGUAAGGAAAGCACGGUCUGGGGUCUGGGAGAUGCGCAGCGGAUGGACGACGAAGAUCGACACACUAUCGGGCGGAAAAAAAGCGAUGCUUCUGCGACAGAUUCUUGUAUAGCUAUGGGAGAGGUGGAAGUGUUAGAGGGCUACGAUAUUGAUGAUGAUGAGGACGACGAAAACGAGGAUUAUGAGAAGGUCCUCUAUGAGAAAGGGGGCCGGUCAGAACAUUGGCCAUUCCCACACUGA